AUGUGGCCACCACCAUGUCAGAAGCAGUUUCUGAUGCCAAACUGAAAAUGGAAGAGACCAUACGGUGUAUAUUACUUGGUGUCCAGUCCCUUGUGAAAACAGACCAAACCACUAUGCCAGAUGAAGAAGGAGAUGCUAAGAACGAGACCUCAGAACAGAAAGAAGGAGAGGAAAGCGAACUCGAUCUUGAAGGUCUUCUAGUCAAGAAGAUUGUAUCAGGGUUAUCACAUGACCAGAGGUCAUUGGAGGUCAGUAAGGUCGUGACCUGUGGAUCAGACCUUUUGAGUAUCCUCUACAAUCUGAGAGAAAGCUGCCGAUCGGAGCAAGAUGAACAGAUUUUCAACGAGUGUUGCUCCAUGGCGGCGAGUCUCAUCCCCAUGAUGCAACAGUGCCUUGGCCUCGCCUGCGCGUUCCUUGACCACAUGGUGGCAGCACACCGGGCGACCAGCAAACUUCUCUCUGUCCUCCUCUCGAUCUUCACCGACCUUGCAUCUCAGGGUUUCUGUCUUCCCGCUGAGUACUCGGACGAGAUGGCAGGCGAGGGCGCUACAGAGUUUGAAGAUAUCGAGGGUGGGGGUAUCGGUGAUGGAGAAGGGACCAAGGAUGUCAGUGAUCAGAUCGAGAAUGAAGACCAGAUACAAGAUACCAAGAUGCCUGGUGAGAAGGAGAAAGAAGAAGAAGAUUUCAGCGAGCAGCCAGAUCUGAAGGACGAAGAGCAUGGUAUUGAGAUGUCAGAAGACUUUGAAGGCAAGCUUCAUGAUCAGGAGCAAACAGGAGACCAAGAGAAUGAGGAUAAAGAUGAAAAGGGAGAGGAGGAGCUGGACAAACAAAUGGGGGAUGUAGAUGGACCGGAAUCUGAUAAACUUGACGAGAGGAUGUGGGGAGAUGAGGAGGAAGAGGAGGAGGAACAAGAUGGAGAGAAGAGCAAAGAGAAGGAAGACGAGUUUGGAGAUGGUAUGGAUGAGGAAGAAUCAAGGAUGGUUGCUAAGGAUGAGAAUCAAGGUGAUGCGGAGGGAGAUGAUAAAGAGGAUAAGAAGGAGAGAAAGGAGAACACCGAAGAGCCUCCUGACCCUAAUAACCUGGAACCUAAGGAUGAGAGUGAAUUCAACGAUGAUGAGGUUGACCCCAGAAAGGCCAACGACCCACCUGCAGCACCUGAACCAGGUGACCUUGACCUUCCUGAUGACCUUGACAUGGAUAAGGAAGAGAAGAUGGAUGAAGGGGAGGAGAAUGCCGAAGAAUCAAAUCCUUUGGACAUUGAGGAGGAGAGGUUUGAUGAGGCACCGAAGGACAAGGAGGAAGACCAAGAAGGGGAAGGAGAAGGCAAGGAGGAUGAGAAGAUGGAAACAGGAGAGAAUGAUGGUGAAGAUGAAGGCGCCAACCAAGAGGAACCUGUUGCAAUGGAGACAAAUGAAGAGAAUCGGGAAGACGGAGACGAAGAGGGGAUGGGAGACGACAAGAAGGGAUUCGAAGACAAGGGAGAGGAAGAUGAGAACGAAGAAGAAUCCAAAGAUGAGGAGGAAGGGAUCGACUAUGCCCCGGAUGAAUCCCAUGAUACGGACCAAGCCCCUCAAGGAUCGGAGGCCAUGGCUAGGUCCAAGGCUUCCAAAGACAUGGUCCAGGCACCGGACGACGAGGAUCCACUGAAGGAACAGGAACAGAAGAAGGAGGAGGCGGGGAAGUCGGGAGAAGAUGCUGAAGAGGAUAAGCACAAAGCAGGUACCGCCGAGUCACGGCAAGACCAGAAAGGUCACGAGGGGUCAGCGACCUCGGAGGUCACCACCCAGGAGCAGAGUGCCAGGGAGGAGAGCAGAGAAAGCAAGAAGCCCAGCCAAUCAGAUAGCAAGAGAAGUCUUGGCUCCACCCAGGAGAGAUACAACAAACGUCUCAAGACAAUGGAUGCCAGCGAGGAGACAGAGAAGAAAGAUACUGGCAAGGAGAAAGAGAAUGAAACAGAGAAAUCCGAUCUGUACGAGCAUCUCGCCGACUCGGAGGCACACCACGACGCCCAGACAAUGGAUGCAGCCACCGAAGAGCAGAUGAAGGAGAAGGAAUCGGUUCCCACAGCAGGAGACGAGGGAGACGAAGAACUGGAAGAUGGUGAUGAGGAGAAGAUGAAGAUGGAGGCGGAGAAGGAAGAAGAGAACCCUACAGUCAGUGAUGAGCUUCCUUCGCAAACCCUGCUCACCCUCUCCGACAGCACCAAGCUGGAAGCCCCGCCCCCCAACGCCAACCCAGACACCAAGGAGGAGGACCAAGCCCAACAGGAUGAGGAUGCGGGAGAAGAUGAUGACACCAUGGAAACGGAGGCGGGAGGAGAGAGGCCGACGGAAUCCACCAUCCAUACCGUCGUGGAACACCUGGGUCAGGGAGCAGGAGUGGCGGGAGCGGUGAUGGAUCCGGAGGAGGUGGAGAAGCUUCGAAGGGAGAUGGAGGAGCAGUUGGCGUUGAUGAAUCGCCAUGGCGAUGGAGAGGGUGACGAAGCUGAGAAGAUGUGGCAAUCCUGUGAGUCGGUGACCUCAUCCUUAGCUAGGGAUCUUUGUGAGCAACUCAGACUGGUCUUGGAACCAACCCAAGCAUCCAAACUCAGGGGUGAUUUCCGGACCGGGAAGCGCCUGAACAUGAGGAAGGUGAUUCCGUACAUCGCUAGCGGGUUCCGCAAGGACAAGAUCUGGCUGAGGAGGACCAAGCCUAGCAAGAGACAGUAUCAGAUCAUGCUGGCAGUGGAUGAUUCCUCCAGUAUGGCUGAUAAUAGGUCUAAGAGGCUUGCCUUUGAAUCCCUUGCUGUGAUCAGCAAUGCACUGACAUGGCUAGAAGCAGGACAACUGGCAGUCUGCAGUUUUGGGGAGUCGGUGAAGCUCCUGCACCCGUUUCAUGAACAGUUUUCCGACCAAUCAGGAUCGAAUAUUCUCAGACAAUUCACGUUUGCCCAGAAGAAGACAAGAAUUGCUCAGCUAUUGAAGUAUGCCUCAGCUUCCAUGCUGACGGCUCGCUCGAUGCGGCCACCAGGGGGCACUGUGGCUGGUCAUCCGGAGACUUCCCAGCUGCUUGUGAUUGUGUCUGAUGGGAGGGGCCUCUUCUUGGAAGGCAUGGAGACUGUGAAGAACGCUGUGAGAGCGGCCAGGGAUGCCAACAUCUUCCUCAUGUUUGUGGUCAUCGACAACCCAGAAAAUAAGGAUUCCAUCUUGGAUAUCCGCGUCCCCAUCUUCAAGCAAGCGGGAGCGAUGCCGGAGAUCCAGUCCUACAUGGAACAUUUUCCAUUCCCGUUCUACAUCAUCCUCCGCAACAUCAACGCUCUGCCGGAGACUCUAAGCGAUGCAUUGAGGCAAUGGUUCGAGCUGGUGACGGCCACUGAUAAAAGUUGAUGAAGCAUCCCCUAGUCCCACGUAUAGGGAUUUGUGAUCAUGAAGCCACACUAGAGGAGCUUUUCAUGGAGGGAACUCUCCAAUGUUUAGCUGACACAUGUGCUUUUCAGUCAACCAUUAUCAAGGAAAGUGGUCCGAUCUUGUCAGCCAAUGGGUGUUGAUUUUACAGCUAGCAUAUACACUGUUGGAUCACCCAUGGUUGUAUGGCACUCAUAUCUAUUACUCGUGAAUCACCAUCCAGAGCCGCCAAGUAGUACGGAUUUUCCGUAUUUAGUACUGAAAAAUGAGAAGAAUACCGAUGGUUUCAUGCAAAAUA